AUGUCAUCAUCAUCAUCAUCAUCAUCAUCAUCAUCAUCAUCAUCAUCAUCAUCAUCAUCAUCAUCAUCAUCAUCAUCAUCAUCAUCAUCAUCAUCAUCAUCAUCAUCAUCAUCAUCAUCAUCAUCAUCAUCAUCAUCAUCAUCAUCAUCAUCAUCAUCAUCAUCAUCAUCAUCAUCAUCAUCAUCAUCAUCAUCAUCAUCAUCAUCAUCAUCAUCAUCAUCAUCAUCAUCAUCAUCAUCAUCAUCAUCAUCAUCAUCAUCAUCAUCAUCAUCAUCAUCAUCAUCAUCAUCAUCAUCAUCAUCAUCAUCAUCAUCAUCAUCAUCAUCAUCAUCAUCAUCAUCAUCAUCAUCAUCAUCAUCAUCAUCAUCAUCAUCAUCAUCAUCAUCAUCAUCAUCAUCAUCAUCAUCAUCAUCAUCAUCAUCAUCAUCAUCAUCAUCAUCAUCAUCAUCAUCAUCAUCAUCAUCAUCAUCAUCAUCAUCAUCAUCAUCAUCAUCAUCAUCAUCAUCAUCAUCAUCAUCAUCAUCAUCAUCAUCAUCAUCAUCAUCAUCAUCAUCAUCAUCAUCAUCAUCAUCAUCAUCAUCAUCAUCAUCAUCAUCAUCAUCAUCAUCAUCAUCAUCAUCAUCAUCAUCAUCAUCAUCAUCAUCAUCAUCAUCAUCAUCAUCAUCAUCAUCAUCAUCAUCAUCAUCAUCAUCAUCAUCAUCAUCAUCAUCAUCAUCAUCAUCAUCAUCAUCAUCAUCAUCAUCAUCAUCAUCAUCAUCAUCAUCAUCAUCAUCAUCAUCAUCAUCAUCAUCAUCAUCAUCAUCAUCAUCAUCAUCAUCAUCAUCAUCAUCAUCAUCAUCAUCAUCAUCAUCAUCAUCAUCAUCAUCAUCAUCAUCAUCAUCAUCAUCAUCAUCAUCAUCAUCAUCAUCAUCAUCAUCAUCAUCAUCAUCAUCAUCAUCAUCAUCAUCAUCAUCAUCAUCAUCAUCAUCAUCAUCAUCAUCAUCAUCAUCAUCAUCAUCAUCAUCAUCAUCAUCAUCAUCAUCAUCAUCAUCAUCAUCAUCAUCAUCAUCAUCAUCAUCAUCAUCAUCAUCAUCAUCAUCAUCAUCAUCAUCAUCAUCAUCAUCAUCAUCAUCAUCAUCAUCAUCAUCAUCAUCAUCAUCAUCAUCAUCAUCAUCAUCAUCAUCAUCAUCAUCAUCAUCAUCAUCAUCAUCAUCAUCAUCAUCAUCAUCAUCAUCAUCAUCAUCAUCAUCAUCAUCAUCAUCAUCAUCAUCAUCAUCAUCAUCAUCAUCAUCAUCAUCAUCAUCAUCAUCAUCAUCAUCAUCAUCAUCAUCAUCAUCAUCAUCAUCAUCAUCAUCAUCAUCAUCAUCAUCAUCAUCAUCAUCAUCAUCAUCAUCAUCAUCAUCAUCAUCAUCAUCAUCAUCAUCAUCAUCAUCAUCAUCAUCAUCAUCAUCAUCAUCAUCAUCAUCAUCAUCAUCAUCAUCAUCAUCAUCAUCAUCAUCAUCAUCAUCAUCAUCAUCAUCAUCAUCAUCAUCAUCAUCAUCAUCAUCAUCAUCAUCAUCAUCAUCAUCAUCAUCAUCAUCAUCAUCAUCAUCAUCAUCAUCAUCAUCAUCAUCAUCAUCAUCAUCAUCAUCAUCAUCAUCAUCAUCAUCAUCAUCAUCAUCAUCAUCAUCAUCAUCAUCAUCAUCAUCAUCAUCAUCAUCAUCAUCAUCAUCAUCAUCAUCAUCAUCAUCAUCAUCAUCAUCAUCAUCAUCAUCAUCAUCAUCAUCAUCAUCAUCAUCAUCAUCAUCAUCAUCAUCAUCAUCAUCAUCAUCAUCAUCAUCAUCAUCAUCAUCAUCAUCAUCAUCAUCAUCAUCAUCAUCAUCAACAUCACAAACAUCAACACACACGACAUAAACAAGUAUGGCAUUGGGAACAGUUGGACACCACACUCAAUUAUGUCCCCACAUUUUAUUUGAACAACAAAUAUCAUUCAGAUAGUUAUCUGCUUCGAUCGCAUCAACAGGAAUAUCCAGUACCACCGAAUACACCACACAAAUGCACUACAAAACCAUCAAAAUACCAAUUCACCGAAAAUAAAUACAAUUCAUCUACUACGUUCACAUUGCACAGGUCACAAGUAUAUCAUCACAUAUCAUCUCCAGUACCAAUCAUCCAACCAGUUACAACUUCAUUUCGUGUUAGCCGUACUCGAAGUAGGAAUUCAUCAAACUGCACAAUGUCAUCUGGUAGAGUUUCCAAGUAUUUGCAUGCUGAACAUAUACGGAGUAAAAGUGAAGGGAAACACAUUGACCACAUAC